AUGGAUGAAAACAACUUCAUUGAGCCUCUUACAGAAACCGAAACCGAAGACGACGUCAGCAAUGCCGAGAUGCCCGUUGGGGCACGCGAGAUCACCUCGGACUAUGACCCAAGCGACACGGAUACCAGACGCUACCAUGCCUUCCGGUCGGGGAGAUAUUGCAUCCCCAAUGAUGAGGGUGAGGAAAUUAGGGAGAAAGUCCAGCAUGAUAUGAUGAAGGAGCUGCUGGACGGCAGGCUGUUUCUUGCGCCGAUUGGUGACAACCCUCAGAAAAUCAUUGAUCUAGGGACUGGAUUCGGCCAGUGGACUAUUGAGGUUGGCGAGCUUUUCCCCGGCGCCCAUGUGACGGGUAUUGAUCUGUCACCUGUGCAGCCCAGAUGGGUGCCACCAAACGUGCACUUUGUUAUCGAUGAUAUCGAGGAUGAUUGGGUGCACGACAAUGACUAUGACUUUGCACACAUCCGGUUUGUGAACACGGUCCUCAAAGAUAAUGAGACUCUGCUACGCAACGUUCUACAAAAUCUCAGACCUGGUGGCUGGAUCGAAAUCCAGGAUAUCGUCCCGCGAGUGUUGUCAGAUGAUGGAACCGUGACUCCGGAGCACGGAGUCACCAAAUUCUACAGUCUACUGGACCCUAUACUACGAGAGCACUAUGGAUACAACAUCUUCAUUGUGGAGCAAAUCCCCGACAUGCUGCGCAAUCUGGGCUUUGUCAAUGUACAACAGAGGGUGUAUCGCGUUCCGCUGGGCGAAUGGGCCAGGGACAGGAGGCUACGCAUCAUCGGAGGAUUCCUCCGCGAGAUCUUGCUUGAAUUCUUCAACACAAUGGUGUCUCGGCCGAUGGUCGAAUCCGGUACCCCUAGGCCUGAUGUCGAGGAGGCCUUGAGGCAGGCAACGAUCGAUGCUCACAAUAAGAGGAUUCAUGCAUAUAUGACAAUCCAUUUCAUAUUUGCUCAGAAACCGGAGAUUUGA